AUGAGCAGGCUAGACCACUUGAGCCUCAACCUGCCAGGAGGGAUCAUCGCUCGAUGCGCCUCGGAUGUGGCCUCUGAGAAGCUGGUGCAGCGCCUGGAAACCGGGGCAGUUGUCAAGGAGUUGACUUUGCAGGGUGAUCGCUUGCACUACGAGCUGAUUUCUGGAGCUGGUCCGCGGCAGGGCUGGGUUAGUACCAGGCUGCAGGAAAAAGCUCUACUGGAGCCGCUGCCAGAUGUGGAGGUGGACAAGGCUGACAUCCAGGAUAGCUGUGCAGUUGAAGCUGGUGCUUUAACGCCACUCUCUGCAAGCAAGUGGUUGGCGAAGUACGAACAUGGGAGCAAGGCCAGAUGCAGGCUUGUGUGCUUCUUUGGCGCCGGACAUGAUGCAGUCGGCUUUGCCCACUGGAACCAGUAUGUUGCGGAGCAUCAUCCUUCUAUCGAGCUGCUUUUGAUCACUUUGCCUGGGCAUGGGAUAAAUCGCCACGUUCCGCUGCAAGAAGAUGCGCAGGCGUUGGCAAAACUGGCCGCUGAAGAACUGUUAAGCCUCACAGAGCGCCUUGGACCCUUCGGUUUGUUCGGCUUCUCCGUGGGCGCUACUGCAAGCUAUGCCUUGGCGUUGGAGAUGAUCUCCCGUGGCCACAAGCCAAUGAAGCUCUACCUUGCCGGCAGAGCUGGGCCAAAGGUUCGCUUCCAGCCUCCGGCCCACAAGGAGAUUUGGGCCUUAGAUGCAACUGGCUGGCUGCGUUGGUUUGUCGCGAACUUUGCCACAGAUGCGGAUGUCAAACGAACGGAACGGCUAAUCCAGCUGUCCGAUGGCCCGAAUGACGGCCUGUUAAACUCCAUUGCGUCCUCGCAGAAAGCGGACAUGCUCCUGGGAGACAGCUUGGCAGGUGUAGAGCUCCCGGCGAUUGACUGUGACUUCUAUGUACUCGCCUCACGGGCUGAUGAAGUGUGGCCGGCAGAAGACAGUGCAAAGUAUGGAGACCACUGCCAACCGCCUUACAUGGACUGUUCCGAGACCUGGAAGCCUUUUACAUUGGGCUCAAUGGCCUUCAAGUACUUCGACCAUGUGAAGCACAGUAAGCUGUGUACUGAGUUGCUGCUCGAAGCUGUUUGUCACGACUUGUCGGCCACGGCAGCUAGUGGCGCGUGCAGUGAAAACAGGCAGGGUGUGUGGAUCAGUCCGCCAAUGCAAGUCCCAGACGCACUAGACUUCUUCAGUCCUAGAACUGUUCUAGACGAGGGCGACUUCUGA